AUGGCGUCGUUUAAAGCUCUUUAUGGGCGAAGGUAUAGAUCACCCAUUGGGUGGUUUGAGGUUGGUGAAGCAGAGUUGUUAGGACCAGACUUGGUCUAUCACGCUAUGGAGGAAGUCAAGUUAAUUCAAGAGCGUUUGAAAAAAGCUCGAAGUCGCCAGAAGUCUUACACAGAUAUAAGACGAAGGGAUUUUGAGUUUCAAGUUAAUGACUGGUGUAUGGGAGACUGGUCGUCGGUUGUCCAGACUGAUAGCAUAAUAGUCAAUGAUAGUUUGACUUAUGAAGAAGUUCCAGUAGAGAUCCUUGAUCUUCAGGUUCGCAAGUUAAGAAUGAAAGAAGUGGCUUCAGUGAAG